AUGAGAGAAGUCAACUUCAGUAUCCCGAAUGUCAACAAGGCAUCUGUGGGCAUCACAACUGCCCUGUAUGACCGCCGGGCGCUUGAUUGUACAUCGACCCUCCCCCUGAUCAACUCCCUCAACCACCUCGCAUACCUCACGACAUCUUCCGCGCGUAUUCGAGAUAUUUUGACUGUCGACGGAGGCAUCGAACGGCUCGUCUGCAUCCUAAAACAGGGCAGAAGCAAGGAUAUGAUGGGAAUGUGGAAAUGGAACCUAGCAUUUCAGUGCGUUGUCAAUAUUGGUGUGCGCGGAACGGAAAAUGUGCGCACGCGUGUUGUCGAGGCUGACAUGGUGCCUGUCAUUGCAACUAUACUUGACAAUUACAUAAAAGUAAUUGAUCGAUGCCGCGAGAAGGCAGACGAGGCAAAACAGAAACAGAUACACGAACAUCAUCACCGACACCGCAGCCACGAUCACCGCGUAUCGUCCAGGUCCUCGGGUCUCUUCGCUAAUAGAUCUUCACGCAACGAGACCGAACAAAGAACAAUACGGAGACAGGGGCUACCACCAUCGAUAGAUGUUACAGCCAGCUAUGCGGGACCAUCUACUGCCGCUCAUCGCCAAGGAGCAGUAUCUUCCUCAGCAUCGUCACCUGCAAGGUCAGGGACAUCGGAUCGUCUCGCAGUUACGCCAACCCGCCCUCGUCACAAUUUUCGAGCGACCGAGGGCCAGACCGCCGCAAGUCGACAAGCUGUCCAAUCCCUAGCACCUGCUGUCCCGCUAAUGGAGGCUAUUGAUGGUCUUCUACGUCCUGUCAGAGACGCUGAUCGAUUAGCAUCCAUGGCACUCCUAGGGCAGUCCGAACUUGUGUCCCAGCCAACUUCCCCGACAACGCCGCUCCCCCCUCCUCAACUACGCUCUCCGACCGUGAUACCCACUGCCACUAUUGACGAUACAACUCCACAGCGCCGCAGGCCAUCGAUUCGUCAUCAGAACUCUACUGCCGAAGCCGAUGAUAUUAACAAUGAUAGCAUGCCAUCCGACGAAUCGCCAGAUGCUGAGAUGACUGGAACCGGAGACAUGCGGUCGGCUGUCGGAAUCCAGGACAUCACCAUGGAUGAUGGCGAAGGAAUGUUGGCUACCGAAUCUCUCGAAUUAGCUGGUGCAGCUGUCUCCGAGGCGCAAGAUACCGGUGCUUUCAACAUCACUCACCGCUCUCCCAUUGAUGGAAGUAUUGGCAGUGAUGUAGCUCCUGCUACUGUCCCACCCAUUGGGCUGUCUCCAAACCGCCCGUCCAUGGUCUCGCCACCCCAGCCAAACGCGUCAACGUCAUCGGUGCCAAGAUACCUGCUCGAUCGCCAUUUCGUGCCAAACCCACAGAUGCUGGCAGUUAUGCCGAGGGAAGAAGAUGUCCUCAUGUCACUUCAACUUCUUGCCUACGUCUCAAAAUACUGCGGGCUCCGCUCAUAUUUCCAAAACAGCCAUCUGGUUCCCAGGCUCGCCAUUGGCAAGGACCUCGCAGCUCUCGAUGGCGAAGGUGAUAGCGAGGAGAUUGACGAUUGUGUGGCCGUCGACGAAGAAUAUUUGCUACCAAAUGACUUCAAUCUUUUCCCACUGGUUGAAAAGUUCACUGUCAGAUAUCAUAGCACUGACAUGCAAUACUGGGCUGGCGUGGUCAUGCGUAAUUUAUGUCGCAAGGAUGAUACUCGCGGUGGUAUUCGACAGUGCGCAUACUAUCAAUGUGGAACCUGGGAAGAAUUUCCACGACAGUUCGCGAAAUGUCGUCGUUGCCGUCGGACGAAAUACUGCAGCAAGGAAUGUCAAAAGAGCGCCUGGGCUUUCCAUCGCCACUGGUGUGUCGCAGCUUCCCAAUGA